GCUUUGUGUCUGAGUACAACCAAACUGAGAGAGAAAGAGGCCUUCAUCAUGUCCAAUAUGGAGAAACACUUGUUCAACCUCAAGUUUGCUGCCAAGGAGCUCCAACGCAACUCAAAGAAAUGUGACAAAGAGGAAAAGUCCGAAAAAAACAAAGUGAAGCAGGCCAUCCAGAAGGGCAACAUGGAGGCAGCCAGGAUCCAUGCCGAGAACGCCAUCCGUCAGAAGCACCAGUCCAUCAACUUCUUGAGGAUGAGCGCUCGUGUGGACGCGGUGGCUUCAAGGGUCCAGACUGCUGUCACUAUGAACCAGGUGUCUAAAUCCAUGUCUGGAGUGGUCAAGUCUAUGGAUGCUACGCUGAAAAGCAUGAACUUGGAGAAGAUCUCUGCAUUGAUGGACAAAUUUGAGCACCAGUUCGAGACUCUUGACGUGCAGACGGCUCAGAUGGAGGACACCAUGAGCAGCACCACCACUCUGACAACACCUCAGAAUGAAGUGGAUAUGCUGUUGCACGAGAUGGCUGAUGAAGCAGGGUUGGAUCUCAACCUGGAGCUUCCUCCAGGCCAGACUUCCUCACUGGCUUCAUCUGUGGCAACAACGGAGCAGGACGAACUCUCCCAGAGGCUGUCCAGGCUGCGAGACCAGGUAUCAUAAUAACCUGGAUGAGAAAAGGACGGAGACGAAAAGAAGGAAGGAGACACAGGGAGUGAAUAAGAAAAAGCGGAGAAUCGAUUAAAAAAAAAACAAAAAAACUGAUGCACUGUGCCUGCAAGCUUUGCGCCCUCUGUGUUCCAGGUUUGGUCUCUUCGGAGAAAUGCAAUUAUUAUGCCGGAAAAGAAUGUUUACAGUCCAAAUAUUAACUACAUUACUCCACGAUAUUGUUGAUUUGCACACUCUUCUUGUACAUGCAUCUAUUAUCAUGUAGCUCAGCGACGGGACUCUGCUGGUAUUUGUUUCUAAAUUGUCACAGUUGGUGGAAAAUAAUACUUGUGUAUUGUGUACAGCUAAUACCUCAUUCCAAACUUGUUAUGCAGUAUGUAUACAAUGCAAAGAGCUAUUUAUUUAUUUAUUUAUUUGUGUAAUAAUUUAUUUAUUUAUUUAUUGUCAGACUUUAUAUCAAUGAGGGCAUGCUUUUACAGUAACCGUAUUGUCUUUUUUUGCAUGGCUGAGGAUGUGGAGACUUCUUGCCCGUCUCUGUUUUGCUUCCAGUUUCGGCUGCACUGUUGUUACCUAAACUUAUAUUGUCUUUUGUAUAUUUUACUCAGAAAGAGGCCUCACUGUAACCCGUUGCCUUGGAGAGAGUUGAAAUAUUAGCAGUUUACUUCAUGUAAUCGCUCUCGGGGUUGACCACACACUUCUCACAGUUGUGAACAAAAGUUUACACACACUUGUAAAGACCAUGUACACCGUGAUGGUCUUGAGUUUCCAAUGAUUCCUAAAACUUUGGGUCCUAAAACUAUAAUUAUCUGUGAUGGAAUGAUUGGAACAUGUGUGUCUUUGUCACAAAAAAACAAUCACGCAUUUCAGAGAUUUGUUAUAAGUCUUCUGGAAAUAUGACAAAAUCUGUUGGUCAACGAUAUCCAUACAGCAAUGCUAAUAUAUGGCCCAUAUUCAGCACAGUUAGAUGCUUUUGGAAGCCGUCCACAAGCUUCUGUCCAGUUCAACUAAAUUCGUUGGCUUUCUGACGCGGACUUGUUUCUUCAUCACAGCCCACAGGUUCAGAGUCUGGACUUUGUGGAGGUCAGUCUGAAACCAUAUUUCUAGCCUGGUUUAGUCUCUUCUUUACCACUUUUGAUGUAUGUUUGGGGUCAUUGUCUUGUUGGAACCCAACUGCAUCCAAG